AUGUACCGAUCGUACAAUUUAGAAAACCUUCAACGGGCAGUGUCUGCUGUGAGAAGGAGACAGAUGGGAGUGAGAAGUGCUGCAACGGAGUUUAAUGUACCAAAGAGCACUCUACACGACCACGUAAAUAGAAAGGAGACUAAAGAUGUGAAACAGGAGCAGACAAAACUCUUAACGAUAGAAGAAGAGAACGCUCUGGUCCAGUUCAUUCAACAUCAAGCCAGACAGGGGUUUCCCAUGACACGCAGUAUGGUGAGGUGUUACGUGCGAGAAAUAGUGCGUAGAUCUGGCAGGGAAACUGCUAUGAAUUUAGAAUCAGGGCCAUCAGACAAGUGGUUUCGUGCCUUGAAGAAACGGCACCCAGAGUUGUCAGAGAGAACACCUGAAUGUCUAGACAGAGCCAGAUGCCGUAUGUCUAAUCAGGAGACCAUGAAUGGGUGGUUCGAACUUUUGAGGAAUGUGUUGGAAACCAAUCAGUUAAAAGAAUCACAGAUAUAUAACGUUGAUGAAAGUGGUUGGUCAGGGAAGGAGAAGCCCAAAAUCAAAGUGCUGGGACCCAAGCAGACACAUACCUUCUCAGCCAAAAACGUUACUAGUGGCCACGUUACAGCUAACAUCUGCAUUUGCGCAGAUGGUAAGAUUCUACCAACAAUGGUGAUAUUUAAGGGGUCUUUUCCACACAGAAAGUUUGAUGACGGCAUACCAGACAGCUGGCUGUCCGCAACAUCCGAGAGUGGUUACAUGGAUGGGGACCUGUUCCUUUCAUGGUUCAGGAUGGUUUUCGUGCCAAACUGUGGAAAGGAACGUCCAGUUUUACUGGUUCUUGAUAACCACGACUCCCAUGUCACACUACCACUUGUGGAAUGUGCCAGAGAAAACAACAUUAUUCUGCUAGGGAUGCCGGCACAUACGACACACAUAUUACAGCCGCUUGACGUCAAGGUUAAUGGUCCACUCAAGAACAGAUUCAGUUCUCUUGCCGUGAAGCUGGGCUUUGUAAACCGAAGUUUUACAGUUCAGAGAGCCGAAUUUCCGAUCGUUUUGCGACAUGCUCUAGAGCAGACUACACCAGCAUCCGUGAGAGUGGCAUUUGCCGUAACUGGGAUAGUACCCUUUAACCCAAAAGCCAUUGACACCAGUCAGCUCGUGCCCCCAACGUUCAAAAAAACAAAUCCUCAAAAUGGAAACAAAGAGAACACUAAUGUUCGUUCAUGCGAAACCUGUGGCUCAUUCCUAGUAAACCCUCUUGUGGACCAAGGACUUAUUCCUGAGAGGAUGGCCGAUGUUUUGAUGCCGCCGCCAAUGCCUCCAAUGAAGUCAGGAAAGAAGGCAUCCAGGCGAGUUCCAGAGGGUAGGGUGAUCAGCGGAGAUGAAAUGCUGAAGCUGUUGAAGGAGAAGGAAGAUGCAGCGAGGAGAGAGAAGGAAGAGAAGGAGGAGAGACAGAGACAGAGGGAGGAGAGAAGGAUACAGCGACAGAAAGAGGAGGAAGAGAGGCUUGUGAAAAGACAGAAGCGGGAGGAGGACAGGAGAUCCAAGGCAUUAAGCAAGGAAAUGGACAGGAUGAAGAGAGCAGUAGGCGGGAGACUGGCGGCAAAGAAAUUCACAUGUAGUGUUUGUGGUGAAAGAGGAAGGAUGAACGAUGAAAUUAAUGGUGUAAUGUGGUAUGGUUGUGAUGAGAGUAUGUGUGAAAGGUGGUACCACGAGGAAUGUCUGAGUAUGCGGGAGCGAGAGUAUUUGUUGGAAAGCAUGAGUGAGAGGUGUGACUGGUUUUGUAGACAAUGUAAACCAUGGUUGUAUGUAGAAGAAUAAAAUGAUUGUGCUGUAUGUCGGAGAAUGAAAUGAUUGCUUAUCAUAGUUACUUGUCUAAUUGUGUGUCUUUACAAUGAAGACAGUCAUAGUUAUUAUCCAGGGCGGAUCUGAUUAAAAUCGAAUAGAGUACACGUCAUAUUGCAAAUGCACUGGAACCCCUCCCGUCUCCCGC